AUGAGGCUUCUGUUUGGACUAAGACAUGAAGAAAUUUUGGUUGAACUUAUGGAAGAAGAAGUUUUAAAGGGAAAUAAGAAUACCACAACCUUUACAAAGCAAUCAUGGAAAUAUAUAAAAGAAGAGCUUUGUGCACGAGCAAAAAAAAAUUCUAGUGAUAUGCAACUAAGGAACAAAUACAAUCAGUUAAAGCAAAAGCAUAAGGAUUUUACGUCUUUACUGAAAGAGACUAGUAUGGGAUACAAUGGAGUGACUGGAGAAGUUAGUGCGACCGGUGAAGUUUUGGAUAAACUUAUUAGGGUUAACAAUCCUUCUAAUGAUGGAGAGAAUAAAGAUGAUGAUGCAACGUUGAUAAGUCCUUCUAAUAGGAAUGAAGAAAGUAGUUUUGAUGAGGAUGGUAGCAAAAGAAGAGGUAAAUCAACAGCCACUUCGAACUCUCGAUCAGUAAAAAGAGUAAAGUUCUCAUCAGCUUUGGAAGAUGCACUGGCAACAUAUAAUGAAACUUCAAAGCAAAAGACUGAAUUGAUAGAGAGAUCAAUGGAAACAUGUGCAUCACAUUACUUAUUGGAUGAGAGUGUUGAAGCUCUUAAACAAAUUUACGCAAUUAAUGGAGAAGUAUACGUAAAAGCUAUUGAGAAGUUUGAGAACGAGGUGUCCAGAACACUGUUUGAUAAAAUAUCUUUAAACGUUGCUCGGUUCAACAAGGAUAAUUUACUGGACGAUUCAGAUGAUGAGUUUGGAGAGAUUUUGCUCUAUUUUGCUUGCGAGUAA